AUGACGUUCUACACACCUGAGGAAUAUGCUGAUAUGCUUAUUUGUUACGGAUACUGCGAUUGUGCGUCUGCGCAAGCUCGCAACGAAUACAUAACUCGCUACCCCGGUCGUCGAGUGCCGAAUGUGGCCGUUUUUGACAGAGUUUAUCGAAGACUUCGAGAAACUGGCUCUGUUUUGAGACAAAAUACAGACAUGGGAAGACCACCAAUUAACGACGAAGAACAGGACAAUGACAUAGUGCAACGCUUUCGAGCGGAUCCGACUACUUCCACUAAUAUUGUUGCCCGUGAUCUGGGACUUUCUCAAUGGAGAGUGUGGUUUACAGUGCAUACUUUUGGCCUAUACCCGUACCAUUACACGCCGGUACACGUUAUUGAAGAAGGAGACCCCGCCAGAAGAUUGGACUUUUGCAGAUUUUUGCUCAAUGCUGACGUAGAAGACCCAGAUUUUCUAAGAAAUAUCUUGUGGACGGAUGAGUCCAAAUUUAAUAAAGAUGGCAUAACUAACUAUCACAACGCCCAUUACUGGGCCCCAAAAGAACUAAGGAAUCCCAAUAAGAAAAGAGUGAAGGGGUCCCAACGAAGAUUCAGCGUAAAUGUGUGGAUGGGCAUUAUCUCCAAUCAUUUGAUUGGACCUUACUUUCUCCCGGAUAAUCUAGAUGGGGAAAGCUACGAAAAUUUCCUGAGAGCAGACUUGAGUGAUUUGCUGGAUGAUCUGCCACUCAAACUGAUCAGGGACAUGUGGUUCCAAUACGAUGGCUGCCCUGCCCAUUUCAGGAGAAGUGUCAGGAACUGGCUGGACACAAACUAUCCAAACAAAUGGAUAGGACGAGGUGGGCCGUUGCCAUGGCCAGCAAGAAGUCCGGACCUAACCCCCAUGGAUUUUCAUGUGUGGGAGUGCAUGAAAAGUCUUGUGUACAGCGAGCCGAAUCCAGUUUCGUCUCUGGAAGACUUAAGAGAAAGGAUUGUGGAUGCAGCAAAUAAAAUGAGGACCACGUUGACCACUGGAGUAGUGAAGACUGGUCUCCGUAGAAGGGUGCGUCAAUGUAUCAGAAAUAGAGGCGGCCAUGUUGAACAUGAACUGUAG